UAAUACUUGUAAUAAACUCACUUUUUAGGGAAGCUCUCAAAGUUUUCGUGUAAUUAGGCGCAGUAGGCUUGAGGUGCCACAUCACAAAAUAUGGCAUUUAUGCGGAGGAAAAUGAAGACUAUUGUUUUUCUGAAUGCACUUGUAACGGUUAUCUGGUGUGCCUCUCCGCGCUGCAACCCUGAAUACGAAUUUCUCGGUCGUUUUUGCAAAAAAACAGAACCUGAAAAACCCAAGUGUGUGGACAUCAUGAUGAACUACUGCGACGACAUGUCCUACACCCACACCAUGUUCCCCAACAUCUUGGGCCACAGGACCCGUGAGGAAGCCGAGUUGGGCCCCGAGUACCUCCUCCUCAGUGUGGUCCACAACCUGCUCAAUGGAGAGUGCACCCCGGACAUCCGCAUGCUGGGCUGCUCAGUGCUGGUGCCACGCUGUGAGAAGGAGAAAGUGCUCAAGCCGUGCAGGAGUACCUGCGAGGCGGUGCGUAAGAGCUGUCGCCACGCCUUCGAGGGCAUCGAGAUGGCCUGGCCCUACUUCUUGGACUGUGACCGCUUCUUUGUCAGCGACCAGGAGGGUUGUUACGACCCACUGGAGGGCCUACGAGUGACACAGGAAGAAGACCAGGCCAGUAUAGAUAAUACCCCUGAGGAGCCUCAUACUGUCAUCCAGUUUAGCUAUCAGUCUAACACCCAGAUGAACAGCAUCCUGAAGAAGACUGCAGCGCAAUGCCCUGAAAUCGCCACAACUUACAGCAUCGGCCGCAGUGUGCAGGGCAAAGACCUGCUAGUGAUUGAGUUCUCAAACAACCCUGGAGUACAUGAAUUACUUGAACCGGAGAUGAAGUACAUAGGCAACAUGCACGGGAACGAGGUGCUGGGUCGCCAGCUGUUGAUCUAUCUGACCCAGUACCUGUGUUCAGAGUACCUGCUGGGGAACCAGCGCAUCCAGAGCCUGAUCAACACCACGCGUAUCCACAUCCUGCCCUCCAUGAACCCUGACGGCUAUGAGUUGGCUGCUGCUGAGGUCCAGGGCACCAACGACCCCGAGAAUGAGGAGGCUCAGAACUACUACAGCUGGACGCUGGGUCGAGGUAAUGCCCAAAACAUUGACCUGAACAGGAACUUCCCUGACCUGACCGCUGUCGCCUACGGCCGCCGCAGACACCGGCAUUUCCGUAGCGACCACAUCCCAAUCCCAGACGCUUAUUGGUUUGAUAAGGUAGCUCCAGAGACAUACGCAGUCAUGAAGUGGAUCAGGUCCAUUCCCUUUGUGCUCUCAGCUAACUUCCACGGAGGAGAGCUGGUGGUGUCCUAUCCCUACGACCUCUCCAAACACCCACUAGAGGAGAAGAUGUUCUCCCCCACGCCAGACGAACAGGUAUUCAAGCAGAUAGCGAGAACAUAUGCAGAUGCCCAUGCCACCAUGUCAGGAAAUAACUCUGAAAGGUGUGGGAACUUUGGCAGCAUCGGCCAGGACGGCAUCAUUAAUGGAGCAAAGUGGUACAGUUUCGCAGGUGGUAUGCAGGACUUCAACUACCUCCACACUAACUGUUUGGAAGUGACGGUGGAGCUGGGCUGUGAUAAAUUCCCAGCUGAGGAGGAGUUAUACACAGGCUGGCAGGACAACAAAGAGGCUCUGCUCACAUUCAUGGAGUCGGUCCACCGUGGAAUAAAGGGAAUAGUAAAGGAUGCCGAUGGGAAUGGAAUCAAAGGUGCAAGGAUAUCUGUCCGAGGAAUAAGGCAUGACAUCACAACAGCUGAAAACGGAGACUACUGGCGCAUGCUAACUGCUGGCAUCCACAUCCUGACUGCCUCUGCACCAGGCUACACCAGGGCCAUGAAGAAGAUCCACCUCCCGGCACGCAUGCAGAAAGCAGGCCGGGUGGACUUUGUUCUGCAAAAGGCAGUGGUGGAGCCUGACAUAGAGGAGGACUAUAACAUCCCUUCCAUGGGAACCUAUGAGCGCUUUGACCCCUACAACCAGUUUGAGCGCUAUGCCAUUAGGGAGCAGAACCAGAACAGAGAGGAGAGGCAGGAGAAACCAUGGUGGUGGAGCUACUUUAGCCGCGCCCAUGGAUCUGCUCCCACCUGGCUUCUCAGAAUUGAUUAGAGCUUCUCCAGUCCAAUAAAAUAGAAAAUUCUAUGGCUAAUUCUAUGGCUCUCGUUCCUCCUAUAUCUCCCUUUCUCAACUCUGGUCCCUGAGUACCAUCAAGGUUUGCAGAUGUCUGUUACAACUCAAUACUAGCAAACAUAAUUCAAUUAAUCAACGGCUUAAUAAUUAGUUGAAUCAUGUGUGCCUGUAUAGGGCUUGAAUAAAACAUUUGCAACCCUGGGGUUUCUCGGGGACCAGAUUUGAGAACACUGCAUUACAGGAUCAAAGACAGGCUACUAUUUGAGUUGAAUAUGAUUUACAUAAUCUUAUCAUAAAAGUAACACAUUUUAACGUUACCAUUAUUAUCCGUUGCUUCAAACUUGUCAUAACUGAAUUUAAAGAGGAAAUAGCUAGUUGGCUGGCCAUCAAGUUGUUCAUGAUAGCAAUAUGUAAAUUUAACAAGGCAUAGUUAAUUUAAAGUGUUUUCUCCUAAAGGUAGCCCCCAUUCUCAAGCUUUUGCCCUGUUAUGCUGCUUCACUUUAUGCCCAUAAUGCAACACCGGAAGGUUGAACGACUCAAACCAUUUGUCUCUCCACCCUCACAUAUUUGUACGUGUUUAUAAUAAAACAUGAUUAAAUAACAACAACUAUUGCUACUACUGGCUUUUGUAUGUUAAAUAAAAGAGAGAAACAUUGUUAACACA